GCACCACGCACCGGGCGGGCCUCUCUUCUCCCUCGUCGUCUUCUCUUUUGUUCGUUUUAACCCUCGCUCGCGUCCCCUCCUCCUCCGCAUCCGGCUGCUGCCCCCGCGUCUGCUCCGCCCCCUCGGCGUCCUGGUCGCCGCCUUGCCGCUCCGAUCCCGGUGUUCGACGCGAUGCAGCCGCCUACGGGGAACGAGAGGCCGCCGCCGCCCGGCCGUCCUGUCUCAGCGUUUGUGCCCGGCGCAGCCGCCCCGCCGCCGCCGUUUGCCGCCGGUGGCCCGUUCGUCCCGCCGCCGAGGCAGGGAGUGCCGCCGCCUCAACCUGGCUCUGCGGCACCCCCUUUCGUGGCCGCGCCGCCCGCGGCAAUGGGUGGGUUCAGGGGUCCACCUCCGUCCCAGGGUCCCUUUGCUGCCGCGCCACCGCCUCAGCGGCCUUUCACUUCCGCGCCGCCGCCUCAGGGCUCCUUUACCACCGCUCCACCGCCUCAGGGCCCCUUUACCACCGCUCCACCGCCUCAGGGCCCCUUCGCCUCCGCUCCACCAUCUCAGGGCCCCUUCGCCUCCGCUCCACCGUCUCAGGGUCCCUUCGCCGCUGGCCCACCGCCUCAGGGCCCCUUUGCUGCCGCACCAGCACCUUUUCGCCCCCCACCAUCGUCCCUUGGGCAGCCACAAUCUCCCACGCGAGGUGCUUUGCCUCCUCCACCGAAUUACGCAAGGCCGCCACCACUACAGUCCCAAGGGUUUUACCCCGGUGCACCGCCUGCGAACCCUCAAUUCCCAAGACCAGGAUUUCAACAGCCAGUGCAGACUAUGCCGCCCCCUCCAAUGGGACCUACUGCCACGUUUGGUAACCAGGCGGCAUAUCCGAGUGCUGGGCCUCCAGUCGGAGGCACACUCCAGAGCUUAGUGGAGGACUUCCAGUCAUUGGCACUGAGUUCAGCGCCGGGGUCACUUGACCCUGGUGUUGAUGUAAAGGGGCUGCCAAGGCCAUUGCAUGGUGAUGAGGAGCCAGUUAAGCUUUCGGAGGCAUACCCAUUGAAUUGCCACCCGAGGUAUUUCCGGCUGACAACCCAUGCGAUUCCGGCAUCUCAGUCAUUGGUCUCCAGGUGGCAUUUGCCCCUUGGGGCUGUGGUUCACCCUCUUGCAGAAUCACCUGAUGGGGAGGAAGUGCCGGUUAUCAACUUUGGGUCUGCUGGUGUCAUCCGCUGUCGAAGAUGCAGGACAUAUAUAAAUCCUUAUGCAACAUUUGCAGAUGCUGGAAGGAAAUGGCGCUGCAAUCUUUGCACCUUGCUCAAUGAUGUUCCUGGAGAGUACUUUUGUGCUCUUGAUGCUAGUGGCAGAAGGUGUGAUAAUGAUCAAAGACCUGAACUCUCUAAGGGAACAGUAGAGUUUGUUGCUCCAACAGAAUAUAUGGUGCGGCCACCAAUGCCACCAUCAUAUUUCUUUCUUAUCGAUGUGUCAGUAUCUGCAGUUCGGAGUGGGUUGCUUGAGGUUGUUGCAAAGACAAUCAAAUCAUGCCUUGAUGAACUUCCAGGCUUUCCGCGAACACAGAUAGGAUUCUUAACCUUUGACAGCACUUUGCAUUUUCAUAACUUCAAGUCUUCUUUGUCACAGCCUCAAAUGAUGGUUGUUGCUGAUUUGGAUGAUGUUUUUCUGCCAUUGCCUGAUGACCUCUUGGUUAAUUUGGUCGACUCCAGACAUGUUGUUGAGUCAUUUCUUGAUAGCUUGCCAAAUAUGUUCCAUGACAACCUAAAUGUUGAGUCUGCUCUUGGUCCGGCACUUAAAGCAGCUUUCAUGGUUAUGAGUCAAAUUGGGGGGAAGUUGCUUGUCUUCCAGAGUACAUUGCCAUCUCUUGGUAUUGGACGUUUGAGACUUAGGGGAGAUGAUGUUCGUGCAUAUGGAACUGAUAAGGAGCAUACUCUGAGGGUGCCAGAAGACCCCUUCUACAAACAGAUGGCUGCUGAAUUUACGAAAAAUCAGAUUGCUGUGGACAUAUUUUCUUUCAGCGAGAAGUACUCCGAUAUAGCUUCCUUAGGAUCUUUGGCAAAAUAUACUGGUGGCCAGGUGUACCAUUAUCCAUCGUUCCAGGCAGCUACACACGGGGAUAAACUUAAACAUGAGCUUAGUAGAGACCUUACACGAGAGACUGCCUGGGAAUCUGUUAUGCGCAUCAGAUGUGGAAAAGGGGUACGGUUCACAACCUAUCAUGGUCAUUUCAUGCUAAGAUCCACAGACCUGUUAGCCCUUCCAGCCGUUGACUCUGAUAAAGCUUUUGCAAUGCAACUGUCGCUAGAGGAGACCUUAAUGACCACCCAGACUGUAUACUUCCAAGUGGCAUUGCUAUACACAUCCUCCUCUGGUGAAAGGCGUAUCAGGGUCCACACAGCAGCUGCACCUGUGGUCACAGAUCUUAGUGAAAUGUAUCGUCAAGCAGAUACUGGCGCCAUUGUGUCAUUAUUGGGUAGAAUUGCGGUUGAAAAUUCACUGUCUGAUAAGCUGGACAGUGUCCGACAGCAAUUACAGUUAAAGCUUGUGAGAAGUUUGAAGGAAUACCGGAACUUAUAUGUUGUACAACACCGGAUAGGAGGAAGACUGAUUUUUCCAGAAUCUCUAAGAUUUUUGCCAUUAUACAUCCUGGCCAUCUGCAAAUCUCUUGCUCUCCGUGGAGGUUAUGCAGAUGUCUCUCUUGAUGAACGAUGUGCUGCUGGUUUCAGCAUGAUGAUAUUGCCUGUAAAAAAGCUGCUCAAUUUCAUUUAUCCUUCUCUAUACAGAGUUGAUGAAGUAUUAACAAUGGAACCAAAUAAGAUUGAUGGUUCACUGCAGCGAUUGCCAUUAACAAUGCAGUGUUUAGAUACAGGAGGUUUGUACCUCCUUGAUGAUGGAUUCACUUUCCUAGUGUGGUUAGGUAGGAUGCUCCCACCUGAACUUGUGAACAACAUUCUUGGAGUCAGCUUGGCAAACUUUCCUGAUCUAUCAAAGAUUCAGUUGAGAGAAUGUGACAAUGAGUUCUCAAGAAACUUCAUGAAAAUAUUAAGAACCCUGCGGGAGAAGGAUCCUUCUUAUCACCAGCUAAGCCGUGUGGUGCGACAGGGUGAACAGCCAAGAGAAGGCUUUCUGCUUCUGUCUAACCUUGUUGAGGACCAGAUGGCUGGAACAAGCAGCUACGUCGAUUGGAUACUGCAAAUUCACCGUCAGACACAAAGCUAAUGACGAUGAACGAACAGGAAGCGAUGCUUGAAAUUUUUGCCUUGGUGUAAACUGCUGCAGAAUGUAGAUUCAGUUGCUGCCAGUUCCUAAUCAUUCUCGCAACACCAUCCCGGAUCUAAUUCGCAAGCCAGUGGUCCAGUAUGUCGUCCUGUAAGCAGCAUUUGACUGGCAAACAAAGCUUUUACUGUUAAUAUUUGUCCUUGUGAUUAUUCUUUUUUCCAGAGUGAGAAUACAGCUGCUGUAUCAGAAUAAGUAGGCAACAGAUACCGUGGGUAUAUUAUACAACUGGGGUCGUAUAGUGGCCUGCGCGUUUCUUAAUCUUGUGUUCUUAAAUGUUAAGAAUUCUAGUCGGAUGCAGUUACUUAGCAUUUGGAAGUUCAUUGUGUAAACUCAUUUUUGGCUAUUAUUAGUCUUUGUAAUAGGAGAGCUCUCUGUUAACCUUCAUGCUGUUUUAUUCUGACGUUCCUUCCGUA